AUGACUAUUCCCUCUACUUUUGAUGAGGUGAAAGCACACCUGACCAAGGUCCUAGAGGACCCCUCCACGGCCUUGGACAUUUCCCUCAUCGAGAAGCUCAAGUUGCAGCUCAUUGAAUCGACUGAUCCAGUGGUUCCAGCCACUCUUGUAUCGCAAAUUGCAUCACUCCUACCCAUACUACAGGAAGACCCUACACCCAUCACUACCCUCGGAAUCAGGGCCACGGCAUACUUUAGCUUCACCAAUCUUCAAUCCGUCGAUCCUCCCGUCAACAUUAUCGCUGGCUUCAAGGCCCCAUCACCGCCGAUAAACCUUCUUGCUCUGUCAUUAUUGGCCAAAGCAGCACAAUCUUCCAGUGAAGCUGCUAUAGUUGCCGGCGACGCCAACUUGGUGGCUUCGCUUGUGGAGCUCUGGCUCUCGACUCCUUCGACAGAAGUCGCGCAAGCUGCUCUUGAAACAUUAUGGGCACUAUUGGAAAUUGAUGUGACCAACAAUCUCGAAAACGAAGAAUAUGAGCAUACAGGCGAUGGGAGCCAUGCAGGACAAGGACUCAUGUGGAGGAGGCUAUUCACCGAUAAGGAUGUCUACGGACUAUUCUUUGGGCUAUGCAGCCUUCAAAAUGAUGCCCCUGGUGGUCUGUCUAAACGUGAACGUACCAUUUCACAGGGGAGACUGAUGGCGCUGUUGGUCAAGGCCGGCAAGCUUCGCUGGGACAUCAUUUCAACAGCACAAGUUCCGGAAAUUGAGGCUAAAUACCAGAGCAACAGUCUCUUGCACUUUGCAACAACUCAAAUGGUCCAACUAAGCGAUGUUUUGAUGCAUAUGACACUGCUAAGCUUCUUCCGCGAGUUACUGGAAAUCGAUGGGCCGGGUCUUGUCGCUCGAAGCUAUGUGCAUUCUGCUUCGACCGGUUCAUCCCCUGCUCUAGAAUUCCUGAUUGCACAAAAUCUGCAUUCCAGGGUGCUAACAUACUAUCUUGAUGAGUCCAAACUGGAUGCAGUGGACCUACUCUAUCUAUCUGGUCCAAUCAUGGCAUAUGUAGCUCGAUACGCCGAGCUGUAUCCAAACCACCUGUUGCAAAACCCCGCCUCCCUACUGGAUGGGAUUAUCUCCCGCAUUAAUAGAUCUCUCACCAUUCAAGCCCCACAAUGGGCACAUGGAGAAGUACCCACGGGUCACCUAGCCAUUCUAGCUUCACUUCCUCGCGUGCUUCUUGUAGAAGCAGGCAAACAUAAUGCCAAUCCUGUUUUGGCAAUUCCCACAAAUCCUCCGAAUGCUGAAGCUUUGGAUGUCCUCGCAAAGAUUUUCCAUGGACCACAGCGGACUGGGGCGUCUGAAUCAAUGGAGUUGAACACGUCCGGUCAAACUCCAACUGACUGGGACCAUGAAGCUGCAGCAGCACGCAUUCUUUACUUCCAAUACCUCAACAAACAUCCCGCUUUCUGGGGCCACAUUGUCGGAACUGCUGAUGUUCUAGUGAUGAAGGACAUCGCUUUGUCAGCCAUAAGCUUCAUGCGGGCCAUUGCGACUGCCAACUGGAAAUCCUCGCCUCCAGCCCCUGCUCAUGCCAGUUCAUGUUCAUCCCGGUUCCAGCUGCCGUCCGAGGAGGAUCUGGGUCAGCUAUCCCCAGCUAUUAGAGGAUUCUUUCCCUUUUCGGGCGCAUGGGCAAUACUCACACCACCUGCGCUGACGACCCUUCUUCCGUAUCUUUUCAGCCCUCCAAAAACAUAUGCAGAUUUUGUCGGGGGUGGUGCAAGUGACUCUCAAAAUGUCGUUUGGAAAGUGGCAACUGCCAAGCAUGAUGUUCUUGUCGCAUUGCUCCACCGGUUGCAAGAAACAGGCGGACAAGUGGAAGGAUUUGAAGAUAUCAUGCAAACCCUACAACAACGUGUGAAAGAGGGUCCCUUGGGCCCAGUCCAAGCUGGUGGUGCUGAAAUUUUAACCGCUGGGCGUUAA